AUGAUGCCCUUUGUUCUCGCCCUCGUCUUCACCAUCGAGGUUGUGUCGCGCCUGAUCAAUGCGAUAGGGUCGACUGUUAUCAACGACUUUGUGCGUCGUGUCUUCCCAUCCUCUCCUCUCUGGACGUUGGUCAACUACCUACCGAUCUCGACAUCCAAGUCGGCCGCUCAGCAGCGCAAGUUGCAGGCAGAAUACCUCAAGGUGCGGGCCGAGCUCAACGCUACGAGCAGCCAGGACGAGUUUGCAAAAUGGGCACGGAUUCGUCGCCAGCACGAUAAGCUUCUCGAGAAGCUCGAGGCUACAAAGAAGACCAUGGAGGCGGCGAGGGGCAGCUUCGACAAAUAUGUGAAUGGAGUGCGUAUCAUCGUCACCAAAGUCCCCCAGUACCUCGUGCCGUUCUGGUACUCCAACGAGCCCAUGUUCUGGAUCCCUCAUGGCUGGUUCCCCUACUAUGCCGAGUGGAUCAUCUCCUUUCCUCGCGCUCCUCUGGGCAGCGUGAGCGUGGCCUCGUGGCAGCUUGCCUGCUCCGGCGUCAUUGCCCUCGUCAGCGAUCUGAUUUCAGGAAUAUACGGUCUCAUGCGUAACGGGUCCUACGAGAGGGCAGCCGGUAAGACGGCAGCCACCGACGAGAAGAAGGAGUUAUAA